AUGCAGCUCUCUGUCGCAGAAGGGGCUGCAUUUGACUCUGACUCUGAACAACGCAACCCAAAAUGUUUACCAAACACUCGUGUCAAACUUCUUGAACAAAUACUUGGCUGGACAGAAGACCGGGAUUCAUGUGCCAUCUUUUGGUUGAGUGGUAUGGCAGGAACCGGGAAAUCCACCAUCUCUCGAACCAUUGCUCAAUCGCUGGCGGAGAGUCAGAGUCUUGGGGCUAGCUUCUUUUUCAAGAGAGGUGAAAUCGACCAAGCGAGUCUAUCCAAAUUCGUAGCGACAAUUGCUGCUGAUUUAGCUGCUAGACAGCCAGCGGUUACGCCCUAUAUCAGAGAGGCAAUUUCUGUUGAUAACUCUAUUCUGAGGAAGUCAGUAAGAGAGCAGUUCCGCAAACACAUUUCGGAGCCCUUGGUAAAAGUCUUUAUUACUAGUCGGCCAGAACUUCCCAUUCGUCUUGGUUUUACUGAGCUCGAGAAACCCCAUCAGGUUUUUAUUCUUCACUUAAUCAAAUCUUCUAUCAUCCAGCAUGACAUUUAUAUCUUUUUAAAGGAGAGGCUCUUUAAAAUUCGGUUUGACUUCAAUAAUACAGAAAGAAAGGCUCGCCGCUUACCAGAAUCCUGGCCUAACGAUGCUGAUAUCCAAGCAUUGAUGAAUAUGGCUGUUCCCCUCUUUAUUUUCACAUCUACCAUAUGCCGCUUUAUUGCUGAUCGCAGAAUUGGUCCUCCUCCAACAAUACUAAACCAACUACUUAUUGAUCUACGCCCAUCAGAAAAGACGGAGGUAAUUGAUACGAUUAAGGGGAUUAUUGGGGCUGUUGUUAUUCUCUUUAGCCCUCUCUCGGCUAUUGUGCUGUCGAAUCUUCUUAGCAUCCCUGCGGACACUGUUCAUACUCAGUUUGAUCUUCUACACUCAGUUUUAGAUGUCCCGACUCUGGAAGAUAAACCAGUGAAGCCUCUACAUCAAUCCUUUCGUGACUUUUUGCUGGACAUCGAAAGUCGUGAGAACAACCCCUUCUGGAUCGAUAAGAAACAGGCACACGCUGAGAUGGCAUAUAACUGCCUGCAAGAGAUAAUCCACACACUCUCAUCUGAGCUUCAGUAUGCGUGCCUAUACUGGGUGAACCAUGUACAGCAAGCUGGAUGGCAGCUUCUUGAUGGAGACCAAAUCCAUGUGAUAUUGCAGCACAAUUUCCUUCAUUGGCUAGAAGCGCUGAGUCUGAUGGGGAGAAGCUCAGAAAUCAUAGACCUUGUUGAUACCUUGCGAUCAAUUACAAAGCCCCAAGAUAGCUCGGUGCUGACUGAAUAUUUGGAUGAUGCCCAUCGCCUCAUCGUUUCAAACUUUUCUCUUAUCGAAUCUUGGCCACUUCAAAUAUACUCUUCUUUACUAGUCUUCGCGCCAAAGGAGAGUAGGGAACGACUGAUCUUUGAAGAUCGGCUACCUUCUUGGCUGUCCUGUGCGCCAGAAACUGCCACAAAAUGGGACGCAUGUAUCCAAACUCUACAAGGCCAUGAAGGCCCGGUGAAUUCUAUUGACUUUUCUCACGACUCAAAGCUUUUGAUAUCGGGCUCUGGGGAUACAACAGCUCGACUCUGGCUCGCAAAGACCGGAAGAUGUCUUCAGGAACUGAGAGGGCAUAGUAAGGCAGUGACGUGGGUUUCAAUAUCACAUGAUUCAAUUCUUGCUGAAUCCGGCUCAUGCGACCAAACAAUUCGCAUUUGGCAUGUUGACACGGGUAGCUGUAUACGUUUACUCGAAGGUCACUCUGACUUUAUUACAACAGGAGCCUUUUCACAUGACUCUACCAAUAUAGUGUCCGGGAGUCAUGAUAAAACAAUCCGUGUAUGGAAUACAGCCACGGGUGAAUGCUUGCAGCAGCUUAUAGGUCAUGAUAGUUUCAUCCGGUCUGUCGAUCUGUCGUCCGAUUCAGCCCUUGCAGUUUCUGCCUCCUAUGACGGCAUCCGGAUCUGGGAUGUCAACAAAGGCUCCUGCAAAGGGCGCCUUGUAAACAGCGACCCGCCUGUUUAUGCUACCUUUUCGCACCAGUCGGAAUGUGUGAUAGCGUAUCUGGAAGCGGAGGAAGUUAUACGGAUCUGGAGAGUCGAUACGGGCCAAUGUGUACAUCAAUUCCAAGUUAAACCCGCAAGGCAUGGCAUUGUUCUUUGUAUCUCCUGGUCGCCAGAUUCCGCUCUAUUGGCAACAGGUUCAACUGACGGGAUAGUUCGCAUUUGUGACCUAGAAACCGGCGAGCAGAUGCAUACUUUAGGAGGCCACGACUUGGAAGUCAGCUCACUUGAGUUCUCCAAUUCCUCGGAUCUAAUUGCUUCUGCCUCACGGGAUUGCACUGUGCGUGUUUGGUCUGUUGCUACUGGUGACUGUUUGUUGCCUCGAUUCAAUACUAAUGUUGGCUCUAUCGAUAUUCGGGCAACUGAAGAAUUCUAUACCACUUCCAUGACUGACGUCUUCCGUCCCGCGGGAUAUGGCCUUAGUGUGGAUGGACAGUGGAUUACUUGGAAUGGCAGUAAUUUGCUUAAGCUGCCAGCAGAUUACCGACCUGUAACUGCAGAUAUAGCAGGAUCUGUUGUGGUUUUUGGCUCGAAGAUGUGGAAAACGAUUUAUCUUAGCUUUGACACCCAUAAGUUGCCUCGUAAGAUAUAG